UGUAGCCAAAGAUAAGCUUAAGAAACGAGUGUUUCCUUCCAAUAUCAGCACUACUGUAUCUAGUUUUGAUCUAAACGAUUUACAAUUAUUGAAAAUAAGCUUUCAACCAACUCCAUUUAAAAGUAACAUCCUUCCUAAUGUAGAUGCCGAUGGUUUUCCGGAAGAAUACAUUCUUCCAAAUAUCAGUAAGAAGGAACUCUUAGACAAAAACUUAAUAUCAAAAGCUUUAAAGAAUUUACGUUCUGAUAAAGGUAUGGAGGAAGCUAAAACAGAUGCACUGAUAGUAAUCUAUAAUGCAUACUCGAAAGAAUUUGAUUAUGGAUUGCCACAGAAGAAGUUAAUUACAAUUAAAAGAUGGCCAGAAGGUGUGCAUCAAACAAGUGGUCUGGAUGUUGUAGAACCAAGUGGAAGGCAAAAUAUAUUGAAAGCAUUUUUCAAAAUUCGUAAACAUCUUUUGCAAUAG